CUCCCGGGUGGGAGGUCAGUGUGUCGGUGUGCAGCUGUCGCGGAGCCCGGCUGUCAGCCGGGGCUGGUCCUCACGCCAGCGCCGCCGGCAGUGGGGGAAAACUUCGUCAAAGUGCGGCAGCUUGGUGAGUGUUUGUCUGCAAGUAACGCUCAACUCGGUAGAAAAACAGCCGUUCCGAGCCACCCUGACGUGCUCUGCGGCUGUUCCGCCCGCCCCGCCCCACGGCGCGGUGAGGUGCCGGGGAACCGGGUCCCGCGCUAAUUGCUCUGUCGGUGCCGCCUGCUAACGAGGAGGUGGCGGCGGGGAUCCUCUGCCCUGGCCGAUGGGAGGCCCGAGCACGCUGCGACGUGCAGUGCAACAGAUCUGUUGUCCGGACAUUGGAAAUAACUUUGGUUCUGGGCUGCUUCCUGUUGACCCAGGAGUAUUAAUGUAGAGGCCAGAUUGAAAAUAUGCCUUCAUGAAAAAGUCUCUACAAAACUGAUCCCAUCUUGGCUUUAAGAAUUGGAAGAGGGAGCACUCAGUCCGUCCAGUGACUGGUGUCUGGCCUUUCAGGGAAGCAAAAAAAGAAAUAAAAAGAUGGCCUAUCACAAAGUAAAUGCAGACAAGAGAGCACAGGGUCACUCUCCGUACCUUGACAACGAUGAGCUCCAAGCUACAGCGCUGGAACUGGAAUGGGACAUGGAAAAAGAGCUGGAGGAGCCCAGCUUUGACCAUUUCCGACUGGAUGGUGCGGUCCAGCAUCACCUGGGAAACUCGCAGAGCCCUGACCUUGAUCUUGAGCCCAUCCAGCCUUCAUCUUCUCCAAAGGGAAGAUUCCAGCGGCUUCAGGAAGACCCUGACUAUGUCUUGCACUAUACGAGACAGACACCAAAGAGCAACCGCUGCAGUUUUUUUCAGAUACUGAAAGUAUUUUGCACUGCUUUCAUUUUAUUUAUUUUUGGAAUUGUGAUAGGAUAUUAUGCACGCAAGAAAUGCCCUUCUCCUCCACCAUCUCAAGAACCAAAUAACCCUCAUAUCUACCAUGAAAUUCUCAAGGAAAUCAAAGCUGAACAUAUUCAACAGAUUUACAGAGAUCUGUUACAGUUCCCUAGAGAAGAUGAUGUAGACGUUGCAAUGAAAAUUCUGUUUCAGUGGCGUUCCCAAGGUCUUGAAGAUGUCCGGCUGGUAAAUUACUCUGUUUUGCUUGACCUACCGGGCUCUUCUUCAAACACAGUAACUCUGAAAACCAGCGGUGAAUGCUUUUAUCCUAGUGGACAACAGUGCAACAAAGAGACCAAAACACUUCAUAGCCAAGACCUCUUGUACUCGUACGCAGCUUACUCUGCCAAAGGAACUCUUGAGGCAGAACUUGUUGAUGUACAGUAUGGGACCGUGGCAGACUUGAUUCGGAUUCAAGCCAUUACAAACGUGACCAAAAAAAUUGCGCUUUUGAAGCUAGGACAAUCACCUUUGCUUUAUAAGCUUUCUCUGUUAGAAGAUGCAGGGUUUGGUGGUGUUCUUCUUUACGUUGAUCCUUGUGACUUACCAAAGACUACAGAUCUUGCUGAUAAAGCAUUUAUGGUUUCCUUGAAUGGCGGAGGAGAUCCAUCAACACCCGGUUAUGCCAGUAUUGAUGGAAGCUACAGGCAAAAUCAACUGAACCUCACAACAUUGUUAGUACAACCAAUUUCUGCAGUGCUUGCCAAAAAACUUGUUUCCUUACCUGAGGACACCGUCCAAAAAGAUAGGUGUAUACCCCUCCAAUGGCCAGCAGCAGGCAAAAAAAUCAGUCUAACUAUUCAGUCAGUCACAACUUACAAGACAAUUUCUAAUGUUAUUGGAUAUUUAAAAGGAACUGUAUUUCCUGACAGAUACGUCAUAAUUGGUAGUCAUCACAACAGUUUGAAUACUUAUAGUGGACAAGAAUGGGCCAGUAGCACUGCUAUCAUCACAGCAUUUAUACAAGCCUUGGCACUGAAGGUUAAGAAAGGCUGGAGACCUGACCGGACCAUUGUUUUCUGCUCAUGGGGAGGAACGUCAUUUGGGAACAUUGGUUCAUAUGAAUGGGCAGAGGAUCUUAAGAGAGUUCUUCAAAGAAAUGUUGUUGCUUAUGUUAGCCUUCAUAAUCCAGUCAGAGGCAACUCAACUUUACACCCUGUUGCAUCCCCUUCUCUUCAGCAACUGGCAGCAGAGAGCCAGAGCUUCAACUGUGUGGAAAAGACUAGAUGUCCAGGAUCUAAUGUGAGUUCUGUGCAGAUACAGGGAGAUUCAGAUUAUUUCAUCAACCAUCUCGGGGUACCUGCCAUGCAGUUUUCUUAUGAGGACAUCAAGACAUCAGAGAAUUCUAGCUUUCUUUCCGAAGCUCUUUUUCCUAUACAUACAACAAAAACUGAAGAGCUGGAUUCUUCCUUCAGCCUGCACGAGACCAUUGCAAAGCUAACAGGACAAGUGACUUUGCAAAUUGCCAAUGAACCAGUUUUGCCGUUUAAUGCCCUCGACAUCGCGUUAGAAGUUCAGAACAGUCUUAAAGGUGAUGAAGUAGACAUUCCUCAGUUGCUUGCAGUGGCAUCACGUCUGAGGGAUACCGCAGAACUGUUCCAAUCAGAUGAGAUGCGGCCAGCUAAUGACCCCAAGGAGCGAGCUCCUAUCAGAGUGAGGAUGCUCAAUGAUGUGCUACAAAGCUUGGAGAAAAGCUUCCUGAUUGAUCGAGCUCCUCCAGGACUUUACAGAAAUAUUCUUUACAGACUAGAUGAAAGGACAAGCCAGUUUUCAGUACUACUAGAGGCACUGGAGCACUGCAAACUGCAUCAGUCAAAUGAGACCAUUCAAGCAGCUUUGUCAGAGGUGCUGAACAGCAUCAAAUCAGCUCAGGUUUACUUCAAAGCAGGACUUGAUGUGUUUGAGACUACCUUAGCUGGAAAGAAAUGAGAGAAUUCUCCGCAUUCUAAGACAAUUGUUUACAACUUGCUGAACAAAAGUUCAACUUGGACCAGAAUUUCUCUGAGGAUGAAACCUUUCUCAGCUUUUCUUUCAGUUGGCGCUUAAAGUACUGCAAUGUGUGUUUUAUAAAUAAAAAACAGUCUUUUGCACUGUUCAUGGUAUA